UUACCACCCGGUACCGUGUUCAGCGAACCAGACGAUCCAGCCACAGAUUCUCUCUGCCGAAAGAAAGAGGCAACCUCUCUGCGACGACCAAGACUUUCAUUGUUGGCUGUUGGGCCGUCGGAGAAUACUACAUUUUUCACAUACGUAUAAUCGCAGAGACGAAAUCUUGAGAGCUAAGGGUUUUAGCACCAAACCAGUCAUAGAAGAAAUUUUCAAGCUUGCUCGGGAUACGUUCCGCUGUAUAAUGUUUCUCUAGAAGACUUUUCUUAGUUUCUCUGCGAUUCUGUUUGUUGACGACAGACGAAGGGAGACACGUAAUGGCGGGUCGCAAAGAUGGGUCGUUGAUGAGAGAGAAAGGGCAAUCACUUCGCGGAUCUCGAAUUGCCGUCGCGAUUGCCAUCGGAGUCCUUCUCGGUUGUGUCUUCGCUAUUUUCUAUCCUCAUGGAUUCUUCAGUAUCGAUCCAGUCUCACAGAAUCGUCGAAUUACCAAAUCCCAUUUCCAGGUUCCUUCAGCUUCAUGUGAAUCCCCUGAACGGAUCAAAAUGCUGAAGUCAGAGAUUGCAUCGGUGUCGGAGAAGAAUGCUGAGCUGAAGAAGCAGGUCAGGGAGUUGACCGAAAAACUACGGAUGUCUGAACAAGGGAAAGAUCAUGCACAGAAGCAAGUGCUGGUGUUGGGAGAACAGCACAAAGCUGGACCUUUUGGCACAGUCAAGGGUUUGAGAACUAACCCAACUGUUGUUCCAGAUGAAUCUGUGAACCCAAGAUUAGCAAAGCUCUUGGAGGAAGUUGCUGUUCAGCAAGAGCUUAUAGUUGCACUUGCUAAUUCAAAUGUAAAAGCCAUGUUAGAGGUUUGGUUUACUAGCAUCAAGAAGGUGGGUAUACCUAAUUACCUGGUUGUGGCAUUAGAUGACCAGAUUGAAGAAUUCUGCAAAUCAAAUGAUGUUCCUGUUUACAAGAGAGAUCCUGAUGAAGGAAUUGAUUCUGUUGCAAAGACAGGAGGUAACCAUGCUGUCUCUGGGUUGAAGUUCCGUAUUCUAAGGGAGUUUCUGCAGCUGGGUUAUAGUGUUCUUCUAUCAGAUGUAGAUAUCGUGUACCUGCAGAACCCUUUCGAUCAUCUUUAUCGGGAUUCAGAUGUGGAGUCUAUGACUGAUGGUCACAAUAAUAUGACAGCCUACGGAUACAAUGAUGUUUUUGACGAACCAGGAAUGGGGUGGGCUCGUUAUGCUCAUACAAUGAGGAUUUGGGUGUACAACUCUGGAUUCUUUUAUAUCAGGCCUACAAUUCCUGCAAUUGAGCUUUUGGAUCGAGUGGCUGAUCGUAUGUCUCGGCCGCCAAGUGCAUGGGACCAAGCAGUUUUUAAUGAGCAGCUCUUUUUUCCUUCGCAUCCUGGUUAUGAUGGGCUCCAUGCUGCCAAAAGAACUAUGGAUUACUAUAAGUUUAUGAACAGUAAGGUCCUCUUCAAGACAGUAAGGAAAGAUGCCAAUCUAAAAAAGCUGAAGCCAGUAAUUGUUCAUGUAAAUUACCACCCGGAUAAGCUUAUGAGAAUGAAGGCAGUCGUAGAAUUUUAUGUUAACGGCAAGCAAAAUGCAUUAGAACCUUUCCCCGACGGUUCUGAUUGGUAGGAAGAAAAUACAGGACGUCCAGUUUUGAUCCAUGGAUUGGUGUUCAUGGGUUCAUCUGUUCACUUCUCUUAUUUCAUACAGAAAGCAAAUGUAGAAUAUCUUGGUUUUAACACCACCUUGUUUUUCUUUGAAAUGUUGUUUUGUAUCGUAUUUGAACUUGGGGUUAAGUUUCAGUCUUUAUACCAUGUUUUUGAUACAUAUUUUCUGCC